CCCCCCCCCCCCCCAGGGUACGGGCACGGUGGAUGGAUGCAUGCCCAAAAAAGUGACCGACACACCCAGACACACCACACACACACACAUAUAAGAUAGGAUGAAUGACAUGCUCGCUUGCCACACGUGUGAACGCGUAGAUGUCCUGUACGUGUUGUAUGCAUGCAUCAUGCACCAAGUCGAUUAAGUGGGCGGCUGUCUUCUUCGCUGAAUUAGCACGAGCUGGGCCCCUCUGUCUGUCGGUCUGUCUGUCUGUCUGGUGAGACAUAAAUAGCACUCUCACACGCACGCCGUAUGGAUGGAUGGAUGGAUGGAUGGAUGGAUGGAGACAGGCAGACAGUGAGGUGGCGUAAGGAAGGGCGAGACACACAGAGAAAGUCAGGAGAAAAAUCACUCACCGACCAGACCAAUGGAUGGAGGCAUUGCAUUGCAUUGAUGGACGGAUGGACAAAACCAAACCAAAAAGGACUCACAGAAAAAUCCAAACCAAAUCACCUACCUCCCUCCCCACCCACCUAUAAUGGGGGGUCGACCAAGGCCCCAUCUACACACACACACACACACACACACACAGAGAGAGAGAGAGAGAGAGAGAGAGAAAGACGUGCGCAUUCCCGUGCACUCAUACCCACCACAACCAAGCCGCCGCCUCAUUUCAUUUCUCCCCACCUCACCUGGCAGGUUGAAUCCCUCCUUGAGGCCGCCAUUGGUAUCCAGCAGGCCGUAGAAGUCCUCAAACCCGCACUUUUCGUAGUCAAAGUCGCCACCCUCGCCCACAUGCUCGCAGUUGAAGAACCGCCACCGCCGCGGCGCGUCUGUCGACGCAAAGUGGAACACACACCGCUCACGCACCCCUCCCUGCUGCACCACCACACCACUCCCAGCAGCCAUCUGGACCUGCUCCUUCUUAUCUGGGGGCUGCUGUGGAUCGGCUGCCGACGGUGGCGCGACGACGAUAGGCCGCCUGACGACAAACUGCGGGCUGAUGGAGGACUUCUCCGCCGUUGGUGGUGGGCCUUCGAGCUUGGGGAGGGCUGAGGGGUCGCCGACAAGGUUAGGCAGGUAGGGGCUGCAUGUCUCCCGGGUCUCCUGGUCUUGCCAGAGACACAGCUGCCACGCGGUGGGCGGGGGCGAUGAUCCUCCUGGGAAGCGGAAGACCUCCCACCUGAAGUACCACCUGCCGUUCCAGUAGUCGUGGGGAGACGUCCAGUCGGCUGGCCAGCCCGCACGCGCUGACGCCGGAGGGGCGUAGUCGUAAUCGUAAUCGUACUCGUCUUCUCCUCCGUCUGGUGCUGCUUCGGUCGGCUGGCCUUCGAGCUUGUCGAACCAGAAGCCGCGCUCCGCAUCGCCCGGUCCCCCCACCCUGCUCAGGGUCACCACCCUGUCCACCACCAGAAACUCCGUCUCGCUCUGACCACCACCACUAGCACCACCACCACCUCCUCCUCCUCCUCCCUCGCCCGACAUGUACGCCGCCCAGUCGUUUGAGAACUCUGCGCCCUCGGCCACAGCGAUGAUGGUGACGCGCAUCUCAAGAGGCAGGUAGUCGACGGCCCUGUCCCAGCAUGACUCUUUGUCGACUGAGAGGUCAGACACGAUGCAGCCCCAGGGGGAGUCGUUGCCGUCGAGGGCCCGGAGGGGGCCGCCGAUGAAGUCUAGGUCGGUUGGGCGGGCGAAGUCCACUGGCUUGUCGGCUGUGGCGUGCCACCAGUCGGUGGCGGGCGUAGACACGCUGUAGACGAUGUGACUCCGGUUCGCUGCACACGCGUGUUGGGAGGCAUUUGGUGUGUCUGUGUCUGUGUCUGUGUGUGCGAGGUUGUUACUUGUCUCUGAACGGAGUUCCAGCGGCAGGUCAUCCACCGGCAUCAUCAGGGGACGCUGUCUUUUCUCCUCAUCUUCCUCCGGCUCAGGCUCUAUCGGCUCCAUAGGCUCCAUCCCCGCUGCCUCUUCUGUGUCGACUGUCUCCACCUCGCCCCCGUCCCGUGUGACCGACAGCUGGUAGUCAUAGUAGCUGUCAUCACCACCAGGCCGCUUGUCGUUGGACGUCACAUAGGGGCUGCACCCCUCCCGCCCCCCCGUCUGCCACACGCACACCUGCCACGCCGAGGGGGGCGGCCCGUCGCCAUCCGGUCGGCCGAAGAUCUCCCAUCGCGUGUGCCAGCUGCCGUGGUAGUAGUCGAAAGGGUCCAUCCAGCUGUCGGGGUAAUCCGCCACUGCAGCGGCGCUCUGCUGGUCGAGGGCGUGCCACCAGAAGCCGUGGUGGCUGCCGGGGUCGCCGGCGCCCUUGGCCACGGUGACGAUCUUGUCUAGGACGAGGAGCUCGCCGAAAGCCAGGGGCAGGUUUGGGUUGUUGAGGUAGUGGACCCAGUUGCCCGAGAAGUCGGUUCCGUCUGCCACGGCGACGAUGGUGACGCGCAUCUCGAGAGGCAGGUAGUCGUCAGCCCGCUCCCAGCAGGACUGGGAGGGCGAUGUGAGGUCCGACACGAUGCAGCCCUCCUCGGUGCCGUGUGCGCCGUCGAAGGCACGGACGGGGCCGCCGACGCGGGUCUUGCCGUCGACUUGGGAGAGGUCGAUUUGGUUGGACGGAUCCUUGUGCCACCAAUCCGUGGCGGGGGAGGAUGAGCCAUAGAUCACAAUCCCGCUGCCGUCACGAGCUGCAGACAGAGAGACAAGACAUGUAUACAUACAUGGCCAGUUUCGAUGAGUUGAGUGCGCACCAUCUCUGUUAGAGAUGGGGCUGAGUUGUGCCGCCUUGAGCUCGACGGCCUCCUCCGCCUUGUCUUCAACCACCGCCUGGCUGGUGGCGGUGAGCGAGUGCGAGUCGGAGUGCUCUUGAGCAGCAGCAAUGGUGGCCUGUGUGCCGGUCGAGACAUAGCUGUAGACGUACUGGAGGAAGUCGUUGGCGUUGCCGAUGUCGGCCUGGUCGCCAUUGCCGGUGGGCCACCCCGUCUGACCCACAUACACAGCUAUGUCAGGAUAGCCUGCCCAGCCCAACACACCACACACAACACAUCCAGUGAUGCAAUCUUAAUGGUCCUCCUGUGGCAGGGCACCCAUACUCACUCACCUAGCCGUGACAGCGCGGCCUUGAGUGUGUCGACAAGUGCCGCCAUCAGCCCGGUGUACUGCGUGCCCGUCCCGUCGUCCGUGUAAGAGCCCUUCCCAAGCGCAAAGUUCAGGUCGACGUCGGCCUCCCCCUUGGUAUACACGUCAUACACGUUGACGUUGAACAGCAUGGGGGCGCCCUGGCUCUUGAGCACGUCCAGGAUGCUCUUCAGGGCCUCCUGAAACUCAUCGACAAACUCGCCUGACGAUGGGGGCAGCAACUGACGAAAAAGGAGCAACAAGCGCAUUUCAGUGAGACGUGUUGUCGGCGUGUUCUGCUCUUCUGUGGCUACUUGUUUGAGGAUGGUUGGCCCCUCUGCGACUGUGACCCAGAAGGACGCUUGUGCGCUGUCGACGGCCGCCUUGAGGGUGUUGAGAGAUGCGAGCAGCAGCUCAGCCGGGGCUCCGCCCUGGUUCUCGUGCAGUGUGCCGCUGCCCACCACAAUCGCCUCCACCUUGUCUUGGAAACCCUGUGUGUGUGUGGGAGGGAAAGAGUCCGCAUACAUAUGUGUUGACAAAAGGAUGGUCACGUCACCGACUUGACUUACCGUGAGGUGGUCGAUCAUCUCUUGUGCCUUUGCCUCGGUCAUGCCGAGCUGGCCGUUGGAGAUGCCGACAUAGAUGCGGCAUGGGUCGCUGCCGAAGGCCGACGAGACGCUCUGGGCCUCGCUCUGCAGCGGGAACAGACUGUUCUCCCACGUCUUGAUGUACUCCACUCCCGCACUCUGACAUGACACACGCAAGACAACACACACACAGGGCACGCACGUCGAGGGAGGCACAAUUAUAUGGACGCGCAGCCCCACCGCCACCCCCGCCCACCUUGAGUGCGUCGAUUGAUGAUUGGAUUGUGUCCUCCGAAGCCACCAGAUUGACACCCCAGCACCAGCCUUCACCAGGAGUCUCCGGAGGCGUCUCCGGAGGCGGCGGUGGACCAUCUUCAGGAGGCGGUGGGCCCGGUGUGGUUGUGGUCGUCCCGUCAGGUGGAGGCGGUGGGUUCGGCGCUUCCGUCGAGCCAUCUGGUGGGGCCGCAGAUGGACUAGCUGUGGUGUCUGGCUGUGGAAUGGGCGUCAUCGGAGGGUCCGUCAUCGGUGGCUCCAUUGAGGGUGUCAGUGGCUGAGUGGUGGGCAUCGAUGUGGAGGGGUCUGACGGCUGGGUGGUCGGCACCACUGACGGCAUGUCGGUAGGGGUGGGCACCACCUCGGUCGGCGUGGGGGGUGAGGAUGGCACAGAUGAAGGAUCGGACUGGGCCGUCUGGUACACUGCAGAGAGAGGAAGACAGGCAGACACAGCACAGCACAGCGACACACACCUGCCUGCGACUGCAGCAUUCCCUCCCAUUUCGUUUGUUCGCCUGCUUACGCAUGAGAAUGGACGGCGAGCCAUCGACGCCCAGAAUGUUGAGCGGCAUGGCGGUGACCUCCACAUACUCCUCACCCUCGAACAGCUUCAUAAUCUCGUUUAUCGGCUCAUACACGACCCCCCCGUUGUCACCCGUCGCCGUGUAUGGCUGGUCCUUGUCGACGCUCCGCACGGACCCGCUCUUAAAGGUCGCCAUCAUCCCCGUCGGCCCCCGGAUCUCGAAGCCGCCCGCACUGACCUUGGCGUCGCACUCGACGGCCACGACGGCGAAGGUAGUGGUGCCGUCCCACUCCUCCUCCAUGAGCUUGGUCAGGUCGACGGUGGCCGUGUCGGUUAGGUGGUCGGCCCGGAAGAACCAGGGGGUCGUGACGGGCUCCUUGUCCGCAUUGAGAGGGAUCAGCUCGAAGCCAAUGAACUUGGGAUCUGAAUGAACACAGCACGAACGACACGGCCGUGCCAGACAGACCGACAUGGACGGAAUACAUGUCAUGUCGGCCAGACGACACGGCAGGUGGUGCUCAGGUUGGGAAUGUCGCGUCGCACCUGAGCAGGGUCUCCCCUGGAUGUAGAUUGAUAUCUCGAGCUGAACGCCCGGCGUCUUGUCGGCGGACAUCGGCGUCGCCCGCAGGAUGUAGUGCCCGUCGGGCACCACUUCCUCCUCCGACUCGCCAGUGAGGGCAUCCAUCAGCGACUUGAGCAGCGUCCUCGUGUCGCCCUCCGACUCCUCAGUGCCGAAUGCCGCCCACGCCCAGUCCUGUGGGGUGCCUUCAUCUGGGGUGGGCGUGGUUGAUGAUGACGGUACGGGGACCUCUGGAUCGGGCGAUGUCGGCAUGGCUGGUGCGGUGGUCGGCAUCGGUACAGUCGUCGGCAUUGGCGUGGUCGACGACAAGAACCCAUCUGGUACGGGUGUUGUGGUGGACGUGAUGGGUAUCUCAGGAGGGGUGGUGCUUGUGGCGGGCGACUGCUCUGGAGCAGGCUCUUCAGGGGCGGGAUUGACAGGCACCAAUGGAUCCUGAGGCUUAACGACCACCCACGGCUCGUCAAUCACGGUGUUCCCGGGCGGAUUGCAUCCGAAAUUGUUCAUCGCACAAGCCGGCCGCUGGCAGGAGAAACACACGGGGCUGCGAGUGGGCCGCCGGGGCCAGGCCUUCCGGCCGUGGUGGCCGAUAUGCAGCGGCUGCCGAUACAUCCUGCGGAAUGUCAGGGAGUCGGCCGUCUCUUGCGUGUCGUUGAGACUGUCCACAUCCAGCGCCGUCGCCAGGGAUUUGGCCGCCUCAGGAGGCACAAUCUUGUACGCCAUUGCCGACGCGGGCGGCUCCUCAGCAAAAGUCAUGUUCUUGGCCAGCUCGCUGAGCGACAGCCGUUGAGCGGAGGCGGCGAGUCUCCCAUCGUCAAGAAUCGCCUUGGCUUCAUACUCAAAGAUCGCCUCGCCGGUCUCAUUUGCGUUUGCGGCCGGGUUGAAGAGCUGAAAGAAGACGGUAUCGACGCCAUGGUUGGACUUGCCGAGGACCAAGAAGGUGAAGUGCUGCACCAUGGUUGCAUCGAGGAACAUGGUGCGGUGGGUGGAGAGGUCGAUGGGCCCGCUGCGGGACACCACACUCCCGUCUUCAUCAAGCUCGACGAACUCCAUCUCCAUGACUGUUUCUGCCGGGUGCGCAGGGACCGCUGCAGCUGCAUCUGUGCUUGCCUCUGACUGCACGUUUGUCUGGGCUUGACCGACUGUCGUCUUUGGUUCACCGGCUCCUCGACUCCGACGCUUGUAGUUGAUGAAGCGCUCUGAAUGAUAGAUAGAGGGAGCGCGGACGAGAGAAGCCAUGAUUGGGUGUGAUUGGCUUGGCCUGGCCAAGCCUUGCUCGGUAUCUCACAAACCCACUGACUCACCCCAUUUUCGUUUGAUCUCCUCGGUGGUUUCGGUGAGGAUGCUGCUGCUGAGGGGGCUCCUGCUCUGAAGGCCUCGCAGCACUGACGAUGACAACGACUUGCCUGAUCAACGGCCGGCCGGCCACACACAUUGAAUCUUGAAUCAACAAACCUCACAGCCAGGCGGUGUGUCUGCCCGGUCGGUCGGUCUCACCAUGUGGGUCAAGCAGGCUCAUAAAUGGCAGGUACUCGUCCAGCAGGCUCAGCCCAAGCAAUAGGAUAACACCGGCCGCCAGUGCAUUGAGCAUAGCCAUUGCCAUUGUGCACCACGAGGGGCUCCAAUUGAACUGACUGCUCCCGUCCUUCACAGCUGGACCGAUGUGGACAUCAGCUGCCAACGCCGAGCAUACUCUCUUCUUGUCCUGUCUGCCCCCGACAUAGUGCGCGAUUCAGCCUUGACUCACAGAAGAUUCCCACCUUUCGUUUCAG